AUGGCGACACUGCUGAUUGCCAAGGAGUAUGGCUACGUUGUUCUUACCACUGUUUCGUCUGGGUUUUUAAUGACCUACCUGGCGAUGAACGUGGGGAAAGCAAGGAAGAAAUAUCGUGUUUUCGUACGUAGACUAGUUUAUUGUUUUACUUCGUUGGUUAACUUUGGGGAGCAUACUAUUUCACGUUGGUCGCUGGUACUACAGCUUCUAUUUAUCUGUCAUAAUCGAACCCUCGUGUCUUUGGCCGGCCCAUGUGUUUACCUGUUAAAUACAUAUUCAUUCCCCCCCUCGCUUGCAAGUCGCAAUUACAUGUAGCCUACCACGUACAAAAUACUGGUGAAAGUUCUCAACAACUCAGUAGAUAAGUUUUAUUCCCAGAAAUUAAGCUAAAUCCAUGCUGAAAGAAAAAACUUAGAAUUUCUAGAAUGUGUUUCGUCAUUGUCAAGCAGAGCUUAAUCCAGAGUUUGUUACAACUACGUAAAGCAAAGGUGCUCUGGUGUGUGUAAUAAUAAUUUAUUUAUAUAUUUUGUCUCAGCUAUGGAAUUUUCCUUACCAAAUUUGGUAGUGAGCAUUGUUUUCUUUGUUAGACUUGAAUCUACCCACGCGGGAGAUGUUUCAUUUAUCACUUUGUCCGAAAUUAGUUUUUUCAUGAUAUCCCAACGUUCAUCGCCCUUUCCUAGGACUGUCUUACCUUGCAGGCAAUCUUGCAAUGUUUUUUUCUUGCUGCUGUCGUUUAUGUUUUGCUUGAUGCACUAAGAGUUUCAUUGGGCAUUGUAUCUGGAACAUAUUUUUGAUAUUUGUCACCUCUAGGAAUUUCUUCACCUAAAAUGAAUAUUACAUCAUUUGUGCCAAAACUAAGUGCAGUAGCAUAGCUCCACUAUCCAAACAGAGCCCCACAGUUUCUUCUGAACUAUCAAGUGUAAUUUCAGUGAAAGUUUGAAAAUUUGAAGUCUCAAAGGCCAAAAUUUUUAAAGGAAAGUAUUAACAGCAAGUGGAAUUUCCAGAGGCUAGAGGGUUUCAAACAAGUAAACCCUCCGUGGGGGGAGUAUGGAUUUUUUCAGGAACAACACAUUUUUUAGCAGAGAGUAGUAUCUUUCAAGUCAAAAAGUAACUUAUAUAAAUUAAUGUUACAAAAUAUAUUAUUUAAUUAUUAUGCCAAAUUUGUUAAAAGAAAUAUACCAAAGGAAAUUCUCUAAUCUAAACUUCCACCUGGAGUUCCUUGAGUUUUCCUGAGAGAAAUAUUCUUUUUUUCUCUGAUUCAAGAAAAAAAAUCAGUUUUCAUUUUUUUAAGAAACAGUAUUAAUAAAACUAUGACAUUUAAUAUUAGGCAAGUCUGUAAGAGUGUAAUUCAAAUAUUAGGUAGAAAGAUCAUAUUCUAUUGAUAAGUCCAAUCUAAUUUUGUGAAAGGUGUUUCCCCUGGGCCUGGGAAUUGUGGUUUGCAAAGUUGCAGUUGAUUUUUUUGUUGGCUGUCACAGUUAGAGUUUAUGGGGACUUCUGAAUCUCUACCAAAGUCACAGUGUAGAUCUAAGUUUUAGUUUGUUGGACAAGUCCAAUCAAAUUGAUAGAGUUGUUGCAUCAGGCAUUUUUCGAAGGAAUGAGAGUUGAGAUACAAAAUGUUUGGUGUAGUUGUACUUUUAUUACAAUAACAUUGUAUUUUUGAUGUAGUAUUAAAAUUAAUACUAUACAAAAUACAUUUUCAUGCAAUGUUGUACCCUGAAUUUUAUUGAUUUGCUGCGCUGGCAUUCCAAUAAGCUGGUGACUCUUAAACAUGUAUGACUCAGUUCUAGAAAAACAGACUAUUCUUGGUUCUUUACAAGAAACCUAUAGAUUUUUUUAAAUCAAAGUGCAAUAUUAAGGUAUUUACAUGACGUAUGUUCAUGACGUGACCUUUCAAAUAUCACCUCAUUGAGAAUGUGCUGAUUUAUAACAAAUUUCUUACUUUUUAUUGUUAGUCCGGAAUAUCCCUAAAUUUAAGGACAGGGCCAACUGGUCACCCACACUGUUCAACAAAUGAGAAGGCCCACUUGUGUUUAUCAGAACAUCGACCCAGUGAUAAAAAGUUUUUUUUACAAUGGCAGACGGAGGCAGACAGAUUUUAAUAUAAGCUUACAGUACUCGUCUAGGUUUCACAUUAUUUCAAAGAAAACAUUUCAUGUAAGAGAAUAAGAGAAUUAUUCAUUGCAAGGAAUCGUUGGGGGCUUCGAAUAUUCCGGACUGAUUGCAGAGGUUAUGGCUUCACUGGCAUGGCUUACAAGAUUUUUGAUAGAAGCAAACUCGUCCCGUGUGAAAAUAGCCGUAGAGCCAGUGUAUGAGAUCGUAAAAAACAGGAAUGGUACCACUUAUUAAUUUCUACGGGACAAGAAUCAAAGAACCAGUCAUCAUAACAAGAACAAAAAGUCGAUCAAAUUUUAUUAAGUUUUCUUGUUUGUUUUUUUUGUGUGUGUUCUUUCGUGUUGACUUCAUGCACCUCAUGCUUUCUUUACUUGCUGUCAGCUGUUGCUGUAGUACCUGCAAGGGUUUAAUUUCAACCCAGAUUAUCAGUGUUCAAUGAGUAGCAAAAUACAUCAUUCACAGUUGAAAUUUGCCUUCUUUCUUUGAUUUUUUUUUAACUGUGGAUAAACAUAUGGAGAAUCCAACAGUAACACUUAACUUUCUUUCCACAUUUGGUGAAUUUCAGAAACAAGGCAGUUAGUAUCUACCUUGUGCUUAUGAUCUUUAAUUUUAUCCUCGCAAAUUCGGCAAAGUGAGGGGAGAGGUUGGACGUGAAUAUCUAUUUUAAGACUUAUAAGCUUACCUUGAAAAGAAAAAAGGCAAAGCCUUGUGUUAAUGCAAAAAAAAGUAACAACACGGCUCCUAGUCAAUCUGCCUUGUCUGAGUGAAACCCGGGAGUGGAAUAGGUAAUUGAUCCGCCGUUUUCCUCAAGAACAACAGCUCCAUUAUGUCACAACUGUCCUUAAAUUUGGGGAUAUUCUGGACUGAUUAUUAUUGUUUGAAUUGGUUUAACUUUUUCCGUGUAUAUUAUUGCAUAUACAAUUUUCUCUUUACCAAGAGACUUACUUGUACAUCUUGUUUUGCAUGUUGUUUGAGUCCUUUCAGCAAUAAUGGGCUCAUUGGGUGAUAUGGUGUUUUCUAGGAUUAAAGACUUUGUUUUUUAUUUGAUGGUUAGUUUUGACCGGUCAAAGCUUUCUUGUUUAUUAUUAGGGUGAACCUUUUACAAGGCUGUGCUCUAAUGGCGCCCGGUCGCCUGAGGUGACUAACAUUUAGCUUUGGGCGACUGAAAAAAGUUCCCGGUCACCUGGCCUGGCACUCUUGCUUCUGGUGCAGUGUUCAGUCAAAAGGGCAGAAAAAUUUAGCAUACUAGUGUUGGCUUGUUGAGUCAGAGUUUACUAAACCCUACAGAAAAUGUUUUUACGAAUGUGUAGGAAGGAAACGGGCACGCGUCAAUGUUCAAAGGACGUUCUGCAUGAUUUCACGUGUAACAUAAUCCAUCACUUUGAAUGUGACAAGUGGCACGGCUUCUUGAAAUAGUUUUUAUUUUUUUCUUUCAGAUAGAAUGGUUCAUUAGGUACAGUUUUUGGGAGAAACUGUCAAUACUUUUCUGACAGACAUAGAGCGCAGCUGGCGAAGCAGAGUAAUUUAUUUUUGUAUAAAACGGAAGUUGCUGUAUUGACCAGUAUGCAAAUGUCAUGUUUUUAUGGUUUAUGACUGCUGUGUCUGCUUGGUUAAAACAUAACUUAUGAUUGUUUUCUUCUCUUUACAUAAGAUAAUGAAAUAUAAGAAGAAAAGAUAUGAUUGUUCUGAUCGUUUUUAUUGUUGUUUUAGAAACAGGGCAGUUCCAUGUUGUCUUGCCAUUUUACAUAUCGAAAACUAAAUUCACAUGCAUGCAUGCAGGGCUCGACGUUGCGACCCGUGGGGUCGCCAAUGCAACCAGCUUUUACUCAGUGGCGACUAAAUUUUCACGCCUGGUCGCCAACCUGGCCCCCAAGAUAGGUGACUUUCUUCUUUGGGUAAACGUACACUAAUGAUAAUUUGUUAUCCUUUACACAACUAACGGAUAGCUAACGGUUUUUCUAAUGCUCUAACGUUUUGCCCAGACGCUCUAACGGUUUGUCUAAACGUUUUAACGAUCUAUCUAAAGGCUUUAACGAUUUCUUCCAACACUCUAAUCUACGCUUACUUGAAAGAGGAUUGUGAAAUGAAUGAAUUCGACGGAAGACUUAUCGACUUUCUCACUUUCGGACAAAUCGAUCGCAAUUCUCAACAGAUCGUCCCGUGUUUCUCCAGGAAUGACUUUUAGCGCAUCGAUAUUUAAAACAAUUUCUUUAUGUCGAACAUGUAUCUCGAUUGCGGACUCGAUAGCAGAUUAGUCUGAUAAAAGCUCAAGCUAAUCGAGAACGAACGGCGCUUACUUCUCGAGCUUCGCAAUUCUUGUAAACAGCUUCACGCAAAUUUCUGUUGAGCGUGAAGACGCAAAUAAAAGCUCUGCCGUAUUUUAUUGACUUCUAAUUAAGUAAAGUUGAAGUCAUGCUGUUUGUCUAACAGACUUCUCGCGAAAUCAACUUCUUUGCCCGAAAAUAUUAGCAACGUUUCCUCUUUCUGGUCUUUCUGGAGACUUUCGAUCACGUGUUAGGCAACCGCGCAAUAGAUGAAGUUUCACCGAUGUUCAGUUCUGAACAUGCAAAUACAUGGGACGCAAAACAAAUUUUGCAGAUUUUGUUCUUUCAUAACCCAAAUAAGUUUUUUUGUGAUUCCUAAAUUUUGUUUUUUUAAUGUGUAUUCCAUUUCCUGAACCUUAAGCUUGAAUACCUGUUUGAGGAGAUUUACGCUUGAGUGCGGAUUCAUUUUACAGAACACCGGCUGGUAAUCGAGCGUCGGCGAAAACCAUUCGAAAGAAAGUUCAAAGGAAGUCUAAACCAUUCAUUUUCUGUUAAGGCUAAGUUAAAGAUGUUAAGUUUAUUUUAUCCCAUUAGUUCUUAAAUAAAAUUUUUGGCGACUAGAAUACUUGUUCUGGCGACCAAAAAUGAAAACUUGGGGGCCAGUUGGCCCCAAGAUUUUUUUCUGAAAGUCGAGCACUGGCAUAUAUAGGCUAAAUUUAGCGGCCAAAAAGAAUAAACAAAAACAUGGAAAGAAGAACUGGUUUUCGCUUCGACGGUAUCCACAAAAAUAUCAGUUAUCCUAAAAAAUUCACUGAUAAUACAGAAAAGAAAAUUAAAGAUGACUUAUUUUUUAUUAAAACAAUAGGUUUGGGGGCCGCGGCGGUUUCACUGUUUCACGGAAUUUUUCACGGGAACUUGAGUUCGAUCUGCCACGUAUAAAGGCCGAUACACACGAGAGAUUUUGCUCCCGGAGCAUGCAAAGCUCCUCCGUGUGUACCAAUGAUUUCAUGGGUCUACAGUGUACUUCAUCCUCGGGAGCAGAAUUCCCACCCCGCAAAAUGCUCCACGAUAUUUAACCGGUUAAAUAUUUGGGAGCAAGCUCCCAGGGCAAAUUGAGCAAACUUGAAAACUCUCCCUCGUGUGUACUGACAUGAGCAAAAUGAGCCUGGAGCAUGCUCCGGGAGCAAAACCCCUUGUGUGUAUCAGCCUUAAAACUCCGUCACAUUAUAUUUCAUGCCGCAUUGAUUCACCUUUUGAAAAUUUAUUUUCAAGUUUAGUAUGACUUAGUAAAAAGCACGGUUUUCCUAUGUUUGACCCAAAGAUCUUAAUGAACUUUACAUAAACCUGCUGAAAUUUUUAACUUUUCCCUCUUUAAAACCUAAACAAUUCGGUGGCAUUGCUCACGUUUCUGGUUUUAACUCUGAAUGGCACGAAAACUUUCAUGGGUUUCAUAAGACAACAUGCGGGUUUUUGUGGAACCCAAAAGCUAAAAUUACCGAGUUUGGUGAUCACCAGGCCAGUAAGAUUCGCGUGCGUACAAAAUACUUCCUCAUCAGAUGUACUCAGGCGACCAACUUGAGAGGCCUGGGCACCCCAGCUGGAAUGGUUCGGGCUCCUCAAAAUUUUUAUUCAGGCGACCAACUUUGAGGUCUGGUUGCUUUAACUAAAAUGCUUGAGAGCCUGAAAGGCUCCUUGAAAUUUUCCUUAGAGCACAGCCUUGUUUUAACUGUCUUCAAUAAAUAAAUUAUUAAUUUUGUUUUAUUUUUGUCUUUUCAGAAGGACUGUUUUAUAUUUUUCAUGGGUACAUGUAUAUGUAGUCUUUGUAUAAAAUUUCCAUCCUUACGUUAUUCCAUUGCAGUCAUUCAACACUGUAUUUCCCCUGAGGCUGAAUUUAAAACCCUCUCCUAACUUUUCGGUUUGCUAAGUUGUACCCUGUACAUGUAUAAAGUUCCUUACAGGUGUUCUGUUUCAGUUAGUCAAUAUUUUUGUACAAUAUGCAUACUGAAUAUUGACAGUAAUGAUUUAAAUCUAAAAUUAAGCUUUACUUUUGACAACUUCUUUUCCCAUAUAUUAUCUGAGCAUACAUUCAGCUAUAUUACCAGGCUAGCUUCAAAGUCAACUUAUUAUAUUGAUAAGGUUAGAGCUAAUAUUAUGGCAAAUUUAAUAUACACUUCUCUGGUCCUUCUGUUUAGAAUAAUCUGAAUGAAAACCUUUGCAUUUUUUAAGGUAAACGAUGAAGUAAAAUUUUUUAUACUCUAAGAUUUGAUGCUGGCUAGCACUGUUGGUUUACACUAAGCUGAAAGUGCAAAUAACAAGAGUUGUGUUUUUACACGUACACAUGUAGCAAAAGUGAAAGCAGCUUUUGACAUGGAGCAUCAGAUAGCAAAAGAGAGAAACAAACUCUCCUUACUCCUCCUUCUCCAAACCAUAACUAUAUACCUUUUUAUUAAAAGAUAACUCCGUGUGAGGCUACUUUAUCUCUUUAUUUGUAUUUGUACACUUUUUGUAACAUUAUGGGAAUUUGUAAAACUGGUGUUACUGAUAGAAAUGUGUGGAGGUGUAGGGUGGGUGUGUAGAUGUCUGUAUUCUUGCUAAGUAGGCACUUGUGUUCACUGUUAAUCUGUAUAGUUGCCUUGUCUGUAAUUUCUUACGGUGGCCCACAACUGUCACGGCAAAACCAAAAACCUCAUGGCAAAAACAAAAACAUCACAGCAAAACCAAAAUACCUCACGGCAAAACCAAAAACCUCAUGGCAAAAACAAAAUACCUCACGUCAAACCCUAAUACUUCACUGCAAGAACAAAAUAGCUUUGGUUUUGCCAUGGUAUUUGCUUUUGCCGUGAGGUAUUUUGUUUUUGCCGUGAAGUAUUUGGUUUUGCCAUUAGGUCUUUGGUUUUGCCGUGAGGGUUUUGGUUUUGUUGUGACGUAUUUUGUUUUUGCCGUGAGGUUUUUGGGUUUGCCGUGAGGUUUUUGUUUUUGCCGUGAGGUUUUUGUUUUUGCCGUGAGGUUUUUGUUUUUGCCGUGAGGUUUUUGGUUUUUCUGUGAGGUUUUUGGUUUUGCCGUGACAGUUGUGGGCCACCGUAAUUUCUGCAUAAUAAAAAUGCAAUAAGCAAUAUAACCUUGUACAUGCACAGUUUACAGUAGUUAUCUGGUACGAUUUUCUUUUGUUCUAUUUUCUGUUUUCUUUCUUUCUUUCUUUCUUUAUUAUUCUUCCAAAAGUAAUUUAUUUUGUCUUUCAUGUGACAAAACCCUAGAGAAAGCAAUUUGAUUAUUGUAACUUCUCUGCUUAUUUAGCUGUUGCUAUUCUGAGUAGUUUUUUGCAUGAUCUAGUUAAUUUAUUCUGUUCCUGUAAACUCUCUUAACUUGGCAAAUGAAAUGGUUGUUGAUGUUAAAAUCAAAAGUAUUUUUAUUAAUAAUUAUAUUUCAUUAAUUUUUGCUGCUAAAGUGUAAUGUAUUGGAACUGUAAUCACACUUGCUAUUGCCUGAUUAUUUACAUUAUGCUGUCUUUUACAGUACCCAAAGAUGUAUGAUGACAAGGAACCAAUUUUUAACUGCAUUCAAAGGGCACAUCUUAACACGUAAGUUGGACUUCCUAGUUAAGACAUCAAAUUGGGUGGGAACAUACUGUUCACGGGAAAAGAGUUUAUUUUAUUUUGCCAUGAUAAAUUAUCAUUCAAGGGCAUUACAAUAUCUUAUCUUCCUCUUAAAUUUCUGCAUACUUUUCUCAAGGGGAUUUUAUAAAAGACAAUAAAAUAUGCGUUUCUCUGUCAGAUCUCUCUACUGAGUGAUAGAGAGGUCAAUACAUUAAGGCCGAGGUCUGAUUUUUCCCUGUAAUGACCAAGUGGACAAGGUUAAAAAGAUAUGGUCUUUUCAUUAUAGACCUGAGCCUGCAAUCAACUUAAACCAACAACUGGUCAGCGGAUAACUUUAUAAUAACACGUCACCUUAAUGAGUUGUACACUAGAGCCGGUGAUAGAGUCAGUGACACUGGUCAACUGAUACCCUUUUUGACAGCUGUCAAUUGACCACAACAAGGAUGUUACUAAGGAUGUCCACUAUCAAGUUAAACACAGAUUGUAUAUGCCUUGGACAUCUAGCUAGCAAUGCCUGGUGAUUACAAGAAAACAGCCAAUCAGAGCUGGCAUACUUCUGUAGCGAUAUAAUAAAUACGGUUGAAGAGUGUAUAUGUACUGUACAUGUAUUAUGUGGCUUAUGACCGGUCUACCAAUGGUAAUUUUGUGUUCUUUUUUACUUUAGGGUUGAAAUCUAUCCCCAGUUCUUGUUUCUUCUGCUCCUUGGAGGCCUGGAACAUCCAGUGAGUCAAGAUAAAGCUAUUCCUUGCUGCACUCCCUAAUGUACAUUUCUAUUAUUUGACAGAGUUCGCGAAUAGGCCAAAUUUGGCGCAUUUUACGCCAAAAUUGUUCAGAUGACUCCACUGACCAUUGGCUGAAAAAUGAAGCACCGCCAAUUAAUUUUGAUUGGUGACAUUUCUUUCUUGGCUUGUCAUAAGUUACAAACAUGAUGCUUCUGGUGAAAACUAAAUGCAUCGGCCAUGGAGCAACACGUCCCUUCUAGUCAAGGAUAGGAACAUUGUAGAUCCGACUCAGUUAGUAGCCAAUAAUCCAGACCAAUUAAAAAUUAUCUUUUUUUAGUAGUCUAGUCUUUGUGCAAAUUGUAAUAUUUUGCUCUUUUUGGAACACUAGCCUAACUGGCACAUUUUGCCCGAUGAGGGUAAGAACUGAAAAGCCACAAAGCAAACAUACCAUUAUAUUUAGAGUUACAUGUACAUUUAUAAUACAUUAAAUUUUUAUUGUGCAUCACAAUAAAUGGAGAAUGUAUUUCAAAAACAUCUAUAAAACACUUAUGCGACUGGAACAACUGGAACAGAACAGAAUGAAAGUCAGAAAGCUACAAGCCUAAAUGUUAGCUACAUAUGUAGCUGUUUGCUCUGUCACUCCAAAACAUUAUGCCAAAAUUGUUCAGCUGACUCCACUUUUUUUAUCGGCCCAGCAAAAUGGCCAUACAUUUCCUUAUAAAAAACUCCAGUUAAUACGACCAAAGGCCACAUUUUAAAAUCCCAAACAGUAGAAUCUCUCCUAAGUUCACCCUGUUAAUACAGCCACUUGUUCAAAAUUUAGAAAAUUAAGAUACUUGUGAUACGUCAGUUUUAUUGACCUGUAGUACUCUGAGCCUGUUUUUGUACUGUUUUUAGACUACAGUACACAUAAAGUGCACUUUCUGCGAUUUUUUAGCCGUAUUUUAAGAGUGUUUUAAUAAAUUAAUAAUAAUAUGUAGUGAAGGAAAAUUUGAAGUAGUUUUUUUCAAUUUUUGUAUGCUGUAUCUACAUUCAGGUUGUUUAUUAAUGAGAACAGUUGUUCAAGAAAUGCAAAUGCAAUAUACGGUGUAUUUGUCACAACAGCCCUCAAGUCACAAAAUUUGAGCCUGCCCUGAUAAUACAGCCACCCUGUUAAUACAGCCAAAUGUUUUUGACCCAUUGGUGGGGGGGUUCCACUGUAUACCUUUAUUUACACUGUAGGAUAGAGUAAUGGUUUUCUUUGGUUAUUUCAGGUUGUAUGCUCUGUAGCUGGUUUAGUGUGGAUCAUAUCCAGGCUGUUCUAUGCUCAUGGAUAUUACACAGGGGGUAUGUAUUUAGUGUGCUAGAUUCAUUUAGAUCGAGCAUGUGCAGUCAGUCAUCCAUGCCUAAUCUGCUCUGAGUGGUGGUUCAUUGGAGCCAAAACCCAGUUAUUCUUGAGUUACACACAUUGCAGGCAUAAGUAAAAUAAAAAAAUGAAUAAGUUGCUAAUUAUCCUCUCCUCCUAUGGGGCUUUUCAGGGAUCAUGAACCAAUAAUUUGGGGUGUAAGGGAUGGCGCAGUGGUGAGAGCGCUCACUUCCCAACCAAUUUGGCCCGCUUCCAAAUUCCAAAUCGACCAGGAGUAAGGUAGACAUAGAACCACUUUGUGGACGUGCGACCUUCAAAUCAUUAUUUUUAUUUAUUCAUUUAUUUAAUUCAAAUGGAACAUAAUAUGGUUAAGAAUCCCAACUGGUAGGAGGUGAACCAGUUGGCUAUUUAAAGCAUGGCUGAGGAUUUGAACUCAGGGCCUUUGGAUUACAAGUCCAGUGCUCUAACUGCUCGGCCACGCUGUGUCCUCUUUGUAAAUGGUUGAUAAAGUUUGCAGGACAAACAUUUAUUUAAAGUCUAUCCCCUUAGAUUGGAAAAGCAGAAAUUAAGCUCCAAACUUUUAACCAAUCUGGUGCUUAGUAGCCUGAGAAAACAGCCGACAUUUCGUGAUGCCACCACUGGUUUCCCUGUGUAAUGAUGCCUUAGAAGCAAAGAUAUAGAGGAUAUUACAUGGCCACACGGAGAUACGAAAUUUCUCUUCAAGUGUUGAAGCGGCCAUGUAAUGUUCCAUUUAUUAUAUAAACUCCAAUGAACUACCAAACCAUUUCGCUCUAAUAGGUGCUGGAAUUUGUGGAUGUUGUACAGUACUCUAUGUCGAGGCUAACCCUGACCCCCUUUUUUUAUGUUUGUAUUCAGUGGUAAUUUUUAAUUCAAGACUAGACUCAUUGGCUUAAGGGUUAAAUUUUAGUUAUUUUUAUUUUUAUUUUCUCAGAUCCUAAAAAACGUAUGCGAGGUAGUUUUGGUUACCUGGGACUUAUAACCCUGCUGGGAUGUACAGUGAAGUUUGGACUACGUUUACUGGGUGCUAUUAGCACCUAA